UGGUGGGUGUGACAUUACAAUGAGGUCACAGUGAUGUCAUGAGAGGAACAGGAGUGUGUGGACAGACAAGGGGUCGGGGAAACGAACGGGCACACACAUGCCCCUCCCCCCAGCAAAGAACCCAGGUGUCCGGGCUGGGGGGACGGGGGCAGCCGCGCCCGCCCCUUCUUGGCUGGCUUAUUAUGCAAGCACCGCCCCGUUAAGUGACGUUAUGGGACUGCGGCGCGGGGCACGCCGGGAGUUGUAGUCCCGUGGAGAGGACGGCAGGACUCUAGUUCCCGGCAUGCCCCGCGCGGGAGGGGGCGGGGCGGGGCCGGCCUGGCCCUUUAAAGGCCCGUGUGGACUCAGCGCGGCCGGGUAUGCCAUGGCCGUCAUGAAUCACCACGUGUGCCCUGUCGAGAACUGGUCUUACAAUGAAUCAUGCCCCACGGAGCCAGCUCAGCCGGGGACCCCCAAGACCUGCUGCACCCUAGAAGACAUCCCCCUGAUCAGCAAGUGCGGCACAUAUCCCCCCGAGAGCUGCCUCUUCAGCCUCAUAGGCAACGUUGGCGCCUUCAUGGUGGUGGUGAUCUGUGUCCUGCGCUACGGGCAGCUGCUGGAGCAGAGCCAGCGCUCCUGGAUCAACACCACUGCCCUUGUCACGGGCUGUACCAAUGCUGCUGGCCUUGUCAUGGUGGGCAACUUCCAGGUGGACCAUGCUAAGUCACUGCACUACAUCGGGGCUGGCAUUGCCUUCCCGGCAGGGCUGCUCUUUGUGUGCCUGCAGUGCGUGCUCACCUACCACAUGGCUGCCUCUGCCCUGGACCUGGGGGUUGCCCAUGCCCGUGCUGCCCUCACCGCCCUUGCCUUAGUCACCCUUGUCCUCAGCGGGGCCUUCUUCAUCCACGAGAGCCCGGUGCUGCAGCACGUUGCGGCACUGUGCGAGUGGGCCUUCGUCCUGGCUAUCCUCAUCUUCUACGGCACGCUAAGCUAUGAAUUCGGGGCCGUGAGCAGUGAGACGCUGGUGGCCGCCUUGCAGGGGGCUCACGCUCGUGGCUGCAAGUCCCCCGGCAGCAGCAGUACCUCCACCCACCUCAACUGCAACCCCGAAAGCAUUGCCAUGAUCUGAGGGUGGGGCGGGGCUUGGCCUUGCCCCCGAGUGCCCUGGCCAUGCCCCGUUGCAAUGGCCCUGCCCCCUACCCCCUACCCCCUACCACUUUAGCUCCACCCCUACCCCACCCCUUUUUUUUGUUCUUUUGUACCAAAAAAGGGUCAUUUUUAAAGAGACCGAGCAGUAUUAUGGAAUGCCCCAGCCCCCUCCCUUGUCAUGCCAGCUUCAUGCCACCAGUGCCAACAUGCUCCUAGGUCCUUUGGGGCUGGGAGCGAUAGAGAUGAGCGUGGCUGGGGGUGGGGGCCAUGCCAGCCAGGCAGUAGGGUGCAGUACCCUCCCUCCCUGAUCUGACAUGAGGGGCUGAUUCCCUCCUGGAGGCGCUUUUCCCCAGCCCCAGCCGCCUCCAGCUGCCGUCCAGCCCACAGCCACGGGGUAGGGGCUGCCCACCCCCUGCCAAAGGGUCUGGAGCGGGGUCUGGGGUCCUGGGGAUUUUUUUAGUCCUUUUUUAUAUCUCUAUUGAAGGUGUAUAAAGAAACUCAGAUUGGCAUAGGCCUGGCCUGGUCACUGUGUGGGGGUCUAUGGCCUGGUGGCUAUGGGGUGAUGGGAUGGCCCCGAGACCUGGUAGCUGUGGGGAUGGGACACAGGGCCCUGAGACCUGGUGCUAUGCCAGGGAGCCUGGUUGUAUGGGGAGGGGACAGGACCCUGAAGCCUGGUUGUUAUUGGGUGGGGGGGGGGGGGGGGAACAGGCAGCAGAGAC